AUCAUUGGAGGUUCUAAGGAUUUGAUUUUAAAUGGUGGCACUGUUCACUAAGGGAGAAAGGGGUGUUUUUUGGGUCCGCCGCCAGAAGGGCUUCCUCCUCCUUCCUGGCCGGCGUCGGAGCAGGCCGGCGGCUGCUGCUCUCCUCCACCUUCUGUCCUCCGACCUCCACUGCAGCGCUUCAACAAAGGAAGGGUCAUUUUCUACCGCCCACUCCUCACUUCUUACCUCCUCCUCCGCUAUGCUCUUUUAGGCAUCGGAUCUUUCUAGGAAUGGCUAGAUCUGUGACCUCAGGAGCCAUCUCGAUGCUCCUCUCCAAUCCUUCUCCUGACUCGCCAACCGACUUGCCGGAUACCCCCAUCCAAAUCGUCGAUAUGAAGCCUGUUGGCAGCAGCAGCACGCGUUUCACAGGCGACCACCGCGUUUAGGAGCAGGGCCUCCGUGUCCUGAUCCGCCGCCUGCUGGAACAGGUGUCACCACCUCCAACGCCCGCUACCGUCUCAUCCAGCGUUUGUCGACGCUUCUCGUCUCCACUGUAGCCUCCGGCGAUUGCUGCCACCGCCGUCACUGCCACCUCCAGCGACCACCGCCGUCGUCGCCUCCAGCGACUGCCGUAGCCACCUACGGUGACCACCUUCGCCGCUUUCAGCGGUAGUCGUCGCCGCUUCAUCCAUGGUCUUCGUCCUCCGAGCAACCGCCGCCCAAGGGGUUACGAUUAGUACUAUUUAUCUAGUUCGGCUUGCGAGCCGAGCGGGUGAUUGGCCUACGUGUCACCAUUGUAUUCUAGCCUUCAUGCCCCUAUCCCGGUCUGCGAGCCGACGUUGUGAUUAGACCACUCAUUAUCUUGCAGAUCCAUGUCACGUCCGGCAUCGAGCCACCGGAACCAGCUGACGACUCGAUUAGUAUCUCGACCAGCUCAUCCAUCCAUCCGAGGGCGCCCCCCGUGGCCAGGGUAUGUCGCCGUAUUCAUUUUGUACUUAUUCUAUUGUCUUGUUAUUAUGCGGAUGCUUAUAUAUUCGUGGGACUCGCCUCGAGCAUCGAGGUACCAGAGACCGGGAUGACCCGGUCGCUGGCUGCAGGUAGCAUUGACCGGAGGAUUUCUGACAACUUGGUCAACACAGAAGACAACUCAUCCUCCAAGUCAUGGAGAUGUGGUCAACAUCCCAGCCACGUCAUCCCGGAGACUCCGUCUUCCCAGAUUCCCGACAUGAUCAAAUUGGCGCCGUCUGUGGGAACACACCUGGUCUGGAACGUGAAGACGGACGACCCGGAAAGUUCCGCCAUCCUCAUGGCCUUGAUGGGUUUCGACGAGUAUAUCAUAUCCUCCUCACUCCACGGAUCCAUGUCGCAUUCGUCUUCGAGCCACCGGAGCUAGCUGACGACUCGAUCAGUAUCCCGACCAGCUCAUCCAUCCAUCUGAGGGCGCCCCCGGGGCCAGGGUACGUCGCCGUAUUCAUUUUGUAUUUAUUUUAUUGUCCUGUUAUUAUGCGGAUGCUUAUAUAUUCGUGGGACUCGCCUCGAGCAUCGGGGUUCCAGAGACCGGGGCGACCCGGUCGUUGGCUGCAGGUAGCAUUGACCGGAAGAUUUCUGACGACUUAGUCAACAUAGAAGACAGCUCACCCUCCGGGUCAUAGAGAUGCGGUCAACAUCCCAGCCAUGUCAUCCCGGAGACUCCGUCUUCUCAGA